AUGCGCAAAAACGGCUUUGAGGCUCCCCUGGAGCCUCUGCAGGUGCUGACAUGGGUGCUGUUGCUUCUCAUCGUGGGAGGCUUUUAUUCCUUCAUCGUCCCGGCACUUGCACGAGUGUGGGCGAUUGUCGCUGGCCUGGUGUACGGGGUGUUGGCCUCAUCAACAGUCCUUGCCGGCAUAUUAGCCUGCUUGAAGGACCCGAUUGACCCUAACGUCCGCCGCUUCCACCAGGGCGAAACUGCGGCGGGGUCGGCGGCCGACAAGACUUUCUGCUUCCUUUGCCAGCUGCACGUGAACAAAGGAAGCCGCCAUUGUCGCUAUUGCGACAAAUGCGUAGAUAGAUUCGACCACCAUUGCAAAUGGCUUAACAAUUGCGUGGGCCGCAGCAACUAUAGGUAUUUCGUUACUCUUUUGGUAUCGACGUUUUUCAUGACCUCGAUCCAGCUGGGAAUAUCAGCAUGGUUUGCCAUCAUGUAUCACUCGGACAACGCGGCAUUCAGCGACAGAGUCGAGGGCAGAUACGCACGAUUAGGAGGGACAGGACAUAUUGUGCUGGUGUAUGCGUUUGCUGUAUUGGUUUUACCUUUCCUCGGGCUUUUGGCGCAGCUGCUGGGAUUCCACAUCAUGCUGAUCUCGCGAAAUUUGACAACGUACGACUACAUCGUACAAGAGCAACGGAAAGAGCGGGAACGGAAAGAGCGAAGAAGAAUAUUGGACAAGGAUAAGUCGGGUGCGCGCCAUCCAUUGGCGUGCUGCGUAUCCGGUGAACGGGGGGGAGUGGACGCCGCUCCUGCGAAGUCGGGGCAGGCAUUGGUGCCAUGACUUCCAGUUGUAAAAAACAUGAUGCGCCAAACGACAGCGUACAUUCUGUUCUCUUUGAGUUCACCAAACUCUUGUUGCGUCUCUUUAGCUGUGAAGAUCUCUUUGCACGUCUUGUAAUGUUCUCAAAGCAUUCCAUGCUCCCAGAUUAGUGUAGGAUAGUGUAGGCUAGAAUU